AUCUUCUCAAGCUCUCCUCUGAUUUUUUUUUCUCUCCCUCUAUGUCUCGCUCAGAGGAAAAACUACACUCUUUACUUUUCCUUUCACCUGCGCACAUUUGAAUCGAACCAAGUUUUAAAAUGAAUGAAGGACUUGACCCCAACUUCACCCAUGUGUUCGACAACUGGACGUUUUCAAACUCUUCCCUGGAGCCCUUCAUACCCAGGAACAACAUCACCUAUGUUGGAUUUUACCUUCAUCAGCCGUCCACGGCCGCCAUCUUCAUCGUGUCCUACCUGCUGAUCUUCUUGGUGUGCAUGGUGGGAAAUGGAGUGGUAUGUUUCAUCGUGCUGAGGAGCAAGAACAUGCGGACCGUCACCAACUUAUUUAUCCUCAACCUUGCUGUUAGCGACCUCCUGGUUGGGAUUUUCUGUAUGCCUACAACACUUCUUGAUAACAUAAUUACAGGAUGGCCAUUUGGGAGCCUGGUUUGCAAAAUGAGUGGCAUGGUUCAAGGCAUCUCCGUGUCAGCCUCUGUCUUCACUCUGGUUGCUAUCGCUGUUGACAGAUUCAGAUGCAUCGUCUACCCAUUCAAGCAGAAGCUGACGAUAUCCACCGCCACCUUGAUCAUCGUCAUUAUCUGGGUCUUGGCCAUAUCGAUCAUGUGUCCCUCGGGUGUCAUGCUGCAAGUGACCAAGGAGCACACCAUCCGGGUCUUACUGGGCUAUGACAACAAAACAACUCCGUUUUACUGGUGCAGGGAGAACUGGCCAAACCAGGAGAUGCGGAAGAUUUACACCACCGUCCUGUUUGCCAAUAUCUACCUUGCUCCUUUGUCGCUCAUCGUGAUCAUGUACGCCCGGAUCGGCAUCACGCUUUUCAAAACAGCCGUUCCAACGGGGGACAAGCCGGGCCACGACAACCGCCACACCGUGUCCAAGAAGAAGCAAAGGGUGAUUAAAAUGCUCCUGAUUGUGGCUUUGCUCUUCAUCCUGUCCUGGCUGCCUCUGUGGACCCUCAUGAUGCUGAGCGACUACGCCAGCCUGACCGAGCAGCAGUACCGAAUCAUCAACAUUUACGUUUACCCCUUCGCCCACUGGCUGGCUUUCUUCAACAGCAGCGUCAACCCCAUCAUCUAUGGUUUCUUCAAUGAGAAUUUCCGGAGAGGGUUUCAGGCUGUGUUCAAGUUUAGCUUGUGCACGGCCGACGGACAGCGGCGGAAAACCUACUCGCACCGGCUGCAGGGGAACUCGGUCCUCCCGGCGAAUCCCCAACCCUCCAUGGAGCCCAUCUCCCUGAACAGCCUGGACAACAACGCCUCGAGGCGACCCAACCACGUCAACGAACAGGACCUGGUCAUGGAGGACCUGGAAAAGGUUUCUCCAAGCAGUGGUGGGGUGACUGCUGUGUCUAUUUUAAGACACCCAUAAAAAAAAAAACACACACUCUUAAAAGGGAAUAAGCAAAGGUAUUACAAUUUCAGGAAACUCUCAAUUCACUCAAAUCGGAAGUGGAGCAUAACUAAGUGUAAGGGUGAUUUGAGUUUUGCAACCUGAUGUUUCCAAGCUAAUUUCAAUACCAACCAGUGAAAAAGGUGAACAAAAAAGGUGAAGAAAAAAUCCAUCUAUUUUUAGACAAAGCUGGCAAAAUAAUAAAAAAACACUCUUGCUGUGCAGUGCAUGGUGAACACUGAGAAUUUAUUUGAGGUGGGUCGAUAUUGCAUUGAUAACAGGCUACCGAGCAGCUUCACGGCAUACUACAAUGUGAAAA